AGGAUUGUUUCUGAACCGGUGCGGUGUAUAUGGAGGGGGCCUAGAUAAACUAUCUAGCUAGCCGACUAGACUUCACCUGGCCCCUAACAAGUGGUGUCGGCGGAGAUCAAAGAGACCCUCGGCUCGAAGGGAUUCGACUCGGAGGAGGGGCUCUUCCAACAUCAGUGAGAUCCGAGACGGGGUAGCAAACGGGAGGAUGAAGGCGGUUGCUCUUCUCUUCCUUCUUCUCUUCGCCCUCGCCGCUUCCGCUUCUGCCGUCGGCCCCAGGCACCCCAACCCUCGAGGGGCGACCUCCCUCCAAUCGAAAAUUCAUCAUUUGCAAGAAACGAACAAAGAGACGAUAAGACAUGGUAAAAAGAAAAGAAUGAGAAUGGGAGGUGGACGAGGGAAGAGGAAACAGAAGCAUGGUUCAGCCAGAAGAUAUUUUGAAAAACAGUUUUUAGUGCAAAAUCGAACAUUAGCACUACUUGGUGAUGAGGUACAGAGGAUACUUCACAGUACGACGAAAACCUUCAGCCGGGAAUCACCCCGGCCAGUACGCCCUGUGCUGAAAAGCUCGUCCCAUUUUUACCCAGAGCGUAAGAACAGCUCUCAAAGAAAAUUCAAAAAUGUCACCAGGAGAGUAAAAAAUCAGAACCGACCUGGGACUGGGCACAAUAAAGGGAUGAAACUAUUAAAUACGCUGAAUACAAACAGCAGUCAAGCUGAAGAAGACGAAGAAGAACGGUUCAAAGAGCCUUUGGACGUCGUUCAAUUUGAUAAAGAGGAAUACGACCUGGACAUUUCUUCUUUAAAAGACGAUGUACAGUUCAACCUCAAUAACGCUCUUGUACACAUCAUAUCUGCCAUUGAAAACUUCACAUCAGUCCAUUCUGAAGGAAUGACACCAUGUGAUAGGCUGGCUGAUUGUAGACAGGAGCUUCAAGGUAUAUUUUUAGGCCCAUUGCCGGACUGCCCUUGUAAUUACCCUACGGGUAUAUUUUAUGAAAACAGGAUUUGGGACCAAACUCAAAACAAAUUUUUUUACUGGAAAGAUGCAAGCAAUGAGCGUUUGGAUAUUUACAAACUUGGAGCUGAAUAUUGCAUCAGGUCACAGAUUGACCACGGAAGCACUUCACUUUCAGCGCAGCAUUGCUGUUAUGACAGGGACCGAAAGUUGAUAACACGUGGUUCGGGUGCAGGAAGUCCGAAUUACAUCUCGCCCGACGUCUCUGUCGUGUUGCACGACAAAAUCGACAUCCUACCUUGGAGGCUUUGCAAAGGGGAUUUCACCAGGUUUAAUAAAGUACGGCCUCCUAACAACGGUAAGUUGUGCGAAGAGAAUCCAAGCGAGCCAGAGUUCAACAAGCAGGUCCAGAUUACCAUUUCAUACUAACUACAAGCCAAAAUUAGUUUCGUACAAAGUUUUGAAUAUAAAGUUACCUUUGAAAAUUUUUAAAACUGUAAAUAUUUUUUUUAUUUGUACAAAAAUAUAUGAAUAUUUAUUAAAAUUUGCUGUUUUUGAUACAUUUAAUCAAUCUUAGAUAUAUCAUUAUAAAAAUUUUUAUUUUUUUAGUUUUUUCAUUCCUCUUCUCUAACCGUACAAUCCUAGGUUUUCUUUUUAUUUUCCUUUUUAAGUGCUUUUAUGAGAGGAUUUUUUUUUCAGAAAAAGGUAUUUUUCCAGCCCUCAUUCAAGUAGCCAUCCACAAGUAAGUGUUUUAUGGUGCCUGGCAUUAUCCGGCAUUAGCAAGAACCUGAACCUCUCACUGAUGUGGGGGGCAAAUGGCACACUGUGUUGUUUUUUUACACUUUCUUCAUUUUCAUUUUGUCCUUUUAAGGUACUCACUGAAGAUGGUAAAAGCAUACAUUCGCAAUCUACUUAUUUUAAUAAGUGCACAAUUAAACAAUUACAAAAAUAUAAUUACAAUUUUAUAAUCCUUUCUUGAUAGAGGAAAAUAUUUAGGGGAGUUUUUAUAAAAAGUCAAAAAUAUAUUGGGUUGUCCGGAAAAUAAUGCAGGAUUUUAAGUUUUC